CAACGCUGAAAGACUGAAAAUGGGCCACUAGUUGCCAAAUUAUCGUUCGUAGAGUCGAUUUUCUCAACGUAUUUACCCGCACUAGCAAAAACGGCCAAAUUUUAACUGCCUGUCACUUGAGUCUCUACAUGUAUCGGCAUGGACAACCGUUGUUUUUGUUGUGCAUCAAAGUUCAGCCUCUUCAAGAAAGAGCUGGGCUGUAAAAGCUGUGGGCGCUCCUUCUGCUCCAGCUGUUUGGCUUUCACUGCUGUGGUGCCUCGCUGUGGCAACACCCAGCAGAAGGUGUGUAAACAGUGCUAUGGCAAUCUGACAAGUGGGGAGUCUCAAAACAGUGCUGGAAGAUGGUCUCCCCCUGAAAAUUACAAAAAAAGGGUUGCCGCACUUGAGGCCAAGCAGCAGGGACAGUCGACACAGCCUCUUGCACAUCCAGGCUCUAGAAACAGCAAAGGAGGCCAUCUACCAGCCAAAGCCCUGAGUAAAGAAGACCAGGCUAUUGCUGAACGACUUCAAAAGCUCAAAGAGGACACUGCACCAAAGUCUAUCCCAUCAGAGAAAGAGCUUGAGUCUCGCCUUGCUGCUUUGAAAGCUCCCAGCCGGCCAGUGCCUUCUGCAGAGGAAAUGGAGGACCGUCUGGCGGCCUUACGGGGUCAGGCUCCACCAUCUCAAGCCCCUCCAGCUGUGCACCAGCCUCCAGAUAACAGGAGUCAGACUGAACAAACCAAUGAUCUGCUUAGUCAGAUGACAGAGGAAGUUGCCAUUGACAACCAGCAAUCAAAUCCUGAAUGCAAUGUCGACAGCCGAAUGAAUGAUCUGAACAAGGGGGAGGGGGGACUACUGGAAAAUUUGGAGGAAAACCAGGAUCCAGGCAAACAGUUGGAGGUUGAGAAGGCACGUUUGUUGGAGGAGGCCAUGGAGGAGCUGAGGAAGGAGCGACAUUCCCAGGAUCAGAUCCUCCACAUGGCCAAGAGGAUGGCACAGCUGAAGGGGCAGGACCCAGACAAAGUUACUAUGGAGGACUUUCAGCAACCUGACAGUGAGGAGGAGACUGAGGAAGAAGCUGUGAGGAGGGUGUUAAAACAGCUCUCAGAGGAAGCUGCACUGGAUGAGGCCAGUGGCUACAACAUACCUCUGGAACACAGUGGACCAAGGAACACAGAAAAGAAGAAAACUUCAAAGAAGCCGACACAGCCUCCAGCACCCAAGAGUAGAAUUCCUCCAGCUGCUGGAGCACAUCAGCCAUCAGACAGUGAUGAGGAUGAACUUCCAUGGUGCUGCAUCUGUAACCAAGACGCUACACUUCGCUGUCACACCUGUGAUGGAGACCUUUACUGCAACCGCUGCUUCAGGGAAGGCCAUGAUAAAUAUGACAGGAUGGAGCAUCGCACUACUAACUACACUGCGCCAAAGAAGAAGAGCAAGACAUGAUGGUUAGACUGUGCUGUUGUCAGUCAUCACCCUUAGACUUAUGCUUUUAGCCUUAAGUGACCUAUUAUUGUUUAAAAAAUGGCAUCUCAAAAGAUUUAAACACUACCUAUUAUCUAAAGCAAUGCAGAGCUCCUCAUUUUAACUUCUAACUUAUCGUGUCCGAUCUGUCUAAAGUGGCUAUAAACAUGUUUCUAUGUAGACCACAGGAAGAGCAGCAUCUGCUUUCUGUUACUGCAAACCCUGAUCUAGAUGAACAGAAUAAACAAA